UGUCGACGUUAAAGGCAGCAUUGUCCGAACUUUGAGUGUGGAAAGAAGUCAGUGGAAGAGCUUGUGGCAGUGCUUUCAGAAAAGAGAAGCCUCGGUUCUCUGAAAAAAUCAAGGAUGUGACAAAACUUAAUGUGAAGCACAAGAAAGUGCUCCGAGAAGACCCAGCAUCUUAUUGUCCUAGUCAGAAUCCUUAUAAGACAUUUCUUUUGGAAGAUCUUCAGUCUCUUGGAAAUCAAAACAGAAGUAGGGUCCUAAAGUUUAAGGGACUAAACAUCUCUUGAAAGGAAACAUUCUUGUAGGAAGAGAGGAAUAAAAGAAGCAGAGAAUGAUUAAAUUUUAUCAAAUGAAAGAUUUUUUUCAAAUACGGAAUAAAAUGAGAUGCUUGCGAAAACGGUCCACAGUGUCAUUCUUAGGAGUUCUUGUAAUUUUCCUCCUGUUUCUGAAUUUGUACAUUGAAGACAGUUAUGUUCUGGAGGGUGACAAACAACUAAUAAGGGAAACAUCCACGCAUCAACUAAAUUCUGAACGCUAUGUUCAUACUUUCAAGGAUUUAUCUAAUUUUUCGGGAGCCAUAAAUGUCACUUAUCGCUACCUGGCUGCCACAACUUUACAAAGAAAGCGAUAUCUUACUAUUGGACUUUCAUCAGUGAAGCGAAGGAAAGGAAACUAUUUGCUUGAGACAAUCAAAUCAAUUUUUGAGCAAUCCAGCUAUGAAGAACUGAAGGAAAUUUCAGUAGUGGUUCAUCUAGCAGACUUUAAUUCAUCCUGGCGUGAUAUCAUGGUGCAGGAUAUUACACAGAAGUUUGCCCAUCAUAUUAUUGCAGGAAGAUUAAUGGUGAUACAUGCUCCCGAGGAAUAUUACCCAAUCUUGGAUGGUCUUAAAAGAAAUUACAAUGAUCCAGAAGAUAGAGUCAAAUUUCGUUCCAAGCAAAAUGUAGACUAUGCUUUUCUGCUUAAUUUUUGUGCCAAUACUUCAGACUAUUAUGUGAUGCUUGAAGACGAUGUCCGAUGUUCCAAAAAUUUCUUAACUGCCAUCAAGAAGGUCAUUGCAUCUUUAGAAGGAACUUACUGGGUAACUCUUGAGUUCUCUAAACUUGGCUACAUUGGUAAACUCUAUCAUUCUCAUGAUCUCCCACGACUGGCACAUUUUUUAUUGAUGUUCUAUCAAGAAAUGCCUUGUGAUUGGCUAUUGACUCAUUUCCGAGGUCUGUUGGCUCAGAAAAACGUGAUCCGAUUUAAACCAUCUCUCUUCCAGCACAUGGGUUAUUACUCCUCAUAUAAAGGAACUGAGAAUAAGCUAAAGGAUGAUGAUUUUGAAGAGGAGUCAUUUGACAUCCCUGAUAACCCCCCUGCAAGUCUGUACACCAAUAUGAACGUGUUUGAAAAUUAUGAAGCAAGCAAGGCUUAUAGCAGUGUUGAUGAGUACUUUUGGGGGAAACCACCUUCAAAAGGAGAUGUCUUUCUUAUUGUCUUUGAAAACCCAAUUAUAAUAAAAAAAAUUAAAGUGAAUACUGGAACAGAAGAUCGGCAAAAUGAUAUUUUGCAUCAUGGAAUCCUAGAUGUUGGGAAAAGAAUUAUUCUUAGUAAACAAAUAAGACAAUGCGAUACUUACUUAAGACUAGGGGAAUUCAAAAAUGGAAACUUUGAAAUGUCAGAUGUUAAUCAAAAAAUUCCAUUUGAUGUAUAUUGUAUGAGGAUAUGUGUGACCAAAACACAAAAGGAAUGGCUGAUUAUUAGAAGUAUUAGCAUUUGGACCUCUUAGCCAAUUAAAUCAGAAU